CGGUUGGGCACAUUGCUCCUCUUCAUCUAUGGACCGCGUUGCCGCUCACAUACUUAAAGCGCUAGAAGAAGUGUCAAUUACGUUUGUGCAGGUUGACCUCGCCUUCCUUGCUCAACUUGAAUCCUGCGCACGAAAUGCUUCGCUCGCUCGCUUCGCGCGUGCCCCGCACGUACUCUGUCCAUGCUCGUAACUCACCAUGCGUAAUGACCAGGAGCUACGCCGCUGACGCGGGGGCACCCGCCAGCAGCGCGCCAGUGUACGUGGUGUUUGGCGCCUCGGGCGGCAUCGGCGCGGAGCUGUGCAGCCGGCUGGCGGCGCAGCCGGGGGCGCAGGUGGUGCUGGCGGGUCGGGACGAGUCCAAGCUGGCGGCGCUGCAGGGCCGGCUGCCGGGCGGCGGCGCCAACACGCUGGUGGCGGUGGCGGACGUGACGGACUCCGCGCAGGUGGAGCGGGUGAUCGCCACUGCGGCGGAGACCUACGGCAAGAUCGACGGCGUGGCCAACUGCGUGGGCUCCAUCGUGCUCAAGGGCGCGCACCAGACCAGCGAUGACGAGUUCAACAAGACCAUCGCGCUAAACCUCAACUCCUCAUUCUACGUGCUGCGGUCAGCGGUGAAGCGCAUGAUGACCAGCGGCGGCGGCUCCAUCGCGCUGUGCUCCUCAGCGGUGGCGCGGCACGGCAUCCCCAACCACGAGGCCAUCGCCGCCGCCAAGGCCGGCCUGCAGGGCCUGGCGCUGAGCGCCGCCGCCACGUACGCGCCCAAGAACAUCCGCGUCAACUGCGUGGCGCCCGGCCUCACACGCACGCCCCUGGCCGCGCGCAUCACCUCCUCACCCGCCGCACUCAAGGCGUCGGAGGGCAUGCACGCACUGAAGCGUGUGGGCGAGGCGGGCGAGGUGGCGGCGGCGCUGGAGUUCCUGCUGCGUCCCGACAACAGCUUUAUUACCGGACAGGUUCUGGGCGUGGACGGCGGGCUGGGCAGCCUCAAGCCGCAGUAGAGGGAAGCGCGGCGGUGAGUGUGGACGAUUGAGUGGGCGAGAAGAGUUAGGAAAGCUGAGAUGAGCGCGUAACGAGGAGUGGGGAGGAUAGUGAGCGAGUGUGCGGAGCAGGAUACAAAAGCUGGGCGAUGUGCUGGACGCCGUGGACGGGCUUGCACUGGUGUGGGCGGAACGGUAGUUUCACGCCACACAAGUAUGUAACCCAGGCAUCUCGAUGUGACUUGCCAAAAGUCCUACUACAAAUGGCGAUGGUGUCGCUAAGCCGGAUGGGGGCGAGGCACACGAGGUUUCACGAGGUUGCAGGUGGCGCAGCGCCGCUGUGGCAGUCGGGCGCAUGUUUACGUGCGGGCAAGUGUCUGGCCAACACAUGUACAUGGCGAGCAGCUGCAUGUGUGGAGCUGAGCGCACGCACCACCAUAUAACAUAGGUGACACGGCAUGGCAUGGCCACCGUGUAGGUUGGUGACAUGGGUCAGCACACCCUGUGAAGGCACCUUUAAUCCACGCGCAUCUG